ACCCUAGUCGUGCUGACGACGCCUUUUGGCGGUUUACUGGUGUCCUGCUAACGACGCCUUUUGGCGUUCUGGAUAUGAGGACGGUAUUCCCUGGUUAAUAAAUCAAAUUUCAUGAUAUAUUGAGAUCUAUAUUUUAAAAGGAUGUGAUACCUAGAUAGUCCCGUAUAUUUUCUUUCCGGUCACACUGGAAAAACAAGUUGUAGUGACUGGCAUAAUCUAUAGGGGCCGGAAAAUCCCUGCAAAUCGGAAGAUUUUCCGGAAAUCGCGACAUUUUAUAGAUCGUUACGUCACCGGAAACAUGUGUAACGUUUUCAGUGCAGCGUGCGCAGAAAACCAAUGACAGGUGCACGGAGUAGUUCCGUGUUACUGGUUGAAUUUUCCAUUAAUUAACAGAUGUCAGGCCGCGAGACUAAAUCGAUUCAAAUCUAAAGGUAAUUAUUAAUCGUUCUGAUGCGUGUAAAUUAUUAUAUAUUCCAAAUUUAGUGAGAUAUUCAAGAAAACGAGGAUCGAGUUUUAGGCGCAAGAUCGACGGUUACGUCACCACUUUAUGUGUACGAUAGAUUACUUGCCGGUAGAUUAGUCCUAUUUUGGAAGAAAAACUUUUGGUCCUUGUUAAUAAAUGAUCAAAACAUCUACAUACGAUAUUUUUAUUUAUUUAUUAAUUGGUUAAUGAUGUUGGGAAAUAACGUAGCUGGAUUUAUAUAACAGAAUGAUACUAUACAAGUGUGUCUGCCUUCGUCGGUAAUGUAAACAAAUAUGGCGGGGCAACAGUACGCCGGCGAGCUGGCGCAGGUAUUACCGGAGUAUCAUCAGAUUUACCAAGAAAUAUUUUUAGAUGAAGAUAGUGACGAAUUUGAAGGUUUUGACAUCAACGAUAUUGAUGAUAUUUCCGAGGAAGAAACGGGAUUUCACGACAAUAAUUGGGUCGAAGGCAGCAAGGAACCAUCUACUUUCACUUUUACCGGUAAUGCCGGUAUCAACACGGAAGUCUUGCCAGUACCUGAAGAAGGUAGCUUAUCAUAUUUGGAUUACUUUGAGUGUAUUUUUACUGACAACAUACUUGAAAUGAUUGUAGAGGAAACCAAUAGAUAUGCUGCCACGUACAUUCAAACACACACAGAUCUUCCAAGUCACUCUCGGUAUCGGAAAUGGACAGACACAACAGUUGGAGAAAUGAAAGCUUUCAUCGGAAUGACGAUUGCUAUGGGCCUUGUUCAGCAGAUGGAUAUACAGGACUAUUGGUCCAAUGAUGUUGUGAUAAACACACCAUUUUUCAGGUCAGUGAUGUCAAGAGAUAGAUUCCUAUCACUCCUAAGUGUACUUCACCUGGCAGAUAAUACUGCGUCAGUUCCUAGAGGGCAACCAGGCUACUCUCCUUUGCAAAAACUUGGAGACCCGUACAAAGAGAUCCUUUCUAACUUUCAGAGGUGUUACAAUCCAAGCAAGAACAUUGCGAUUGAUGAAGGGAUGAUACCCUGGAGAGGGAAACUGCAUUUUAGAGUUUAUAGCCCUGACAAGCCCAUUAAAUAUGGACUGAAAGUUUACAUGUUGUGUGACUCUGACAAUGGCUAUUGUAGCCGCAUGGAAUUAUACACUGGUCAUGGAGGACAGAAUAUGGCACCAAGUCAGUUUGGAGCAACAUAUGAUCUAAUCAUGCGUCUUGCUGAUCCUUUUCUUAACAAAGGCUACCAUUUAUACAUGGAUAACUACUUCAGUAGUCCACACUUAUUCUAUUCCUUGUAACUCAACGGAACCUUGGCAUGUGGUACUUUGCGAAAAAAACAGACGUGGUGUUCCUCAGGCUCUAAAGAACCGGAACCUGAUUAGAGGCGAGAUGUUCACAAUGAACAAUGACAUGCUUGUUGCAGUCAAGUACGCAGACAAAAAGGAUGUACAUCUUCUUACAACAAUACACAAAGGUGUCAUGGUAGACUCUGGUAAAAGAGACCAGGAAGGAAUUGAAAUAAGGAAACCUGACUGCAUACUUAGUUAUAACAAAUAUAUGGGUGCUGUUGAUCGAUGUGACCAGAUGGUAGCAUAUGGAAGUUUUG